AUAACUAUAUGUAUUUGACCCCUUUUCCAUGUUAUGUACAUUGAUGUUUUUUUUUUCAUCAGACCUCUAUAUAUUAAUAGCAACUGUUCCAUGAGUUUAGGAAUAAAUGGUUGUUAUUUUUCAAUCUUAAAAUAAGUAAAGGCCGGUUAACUUUAUCGAAUAAGUUCACACAUUACAUUUCAUGCUACAUGAAUUGGCAAUUUGGAGUAUCCUAGAAGUGGUCUUAAUAUUUUAGAUUUUGUGAGCACUUAAAUAGAGGUCUCACUUUUGCUUCAUAUAUUAACAAAAUCCUAAAACAAAUCAUUAUCAACUAGCACAUCUGAUAUGGACCCUUAGUUUUUUAUUUUAUAGUUACACUAGUAAAUGUCACAAACUCCUUGCUCUUAUCCAAAUCUUAUAAAAAAGAAUGGUGCAUCACGAAAUCCCCAUGAAACACAACAACACAUGAUGAAUAAUUGAAUCUCAAUCAAACUAUAAAUACCAAACAGAAAGAGAGAGAGAGAGAGAGAGAAGAGCAGCAGUACUCUGCCAGAAUCAAACCUGUGAGCUCUCUGCAACUUGACUGAUAAAAUGGAGAAAGAUUCAGAGCAAAUGGCAGAGACCACAAAUCAACAAGAAAGAGACAUGGAGAGCGAUUCACUCCAUCAGCCACUCCUCAAGAGAAAUCUAACUGCCCUUUCUUCAAGUCCACUAGCCCUUGUUGGAGCCAAAGUUUCCUAUAUCGAAAGCUUGGAUUAUGAGAUCAAUGAGAAUGAUCUGUUCAAGCACGAUUGGAGAAGCAGAUCGCAAGCGCAAGUGUUGCAGUAUAUAUUCCUUAAAUGGUUAUUGGCUUUCCUAGUGGGGCUAUUAACCGGUCUCAUAGCCACUCUCAUCAAUCUUGCAGUUGAAAACAUUGCAGGAUACAAACUGCUUGCUGUAGUUCAAUACAUAGACAAUAAAAGGUACAUGAUGGGGUUCUUUUACAUGACGGGGGUUAAUUUCCUAUUAACACUGGUGGCAACAGUUCUAUGUGUGUUUUUCGCACCUACUGCAGCGGGCCCCGGCAUUCCCGAAAUUAAAGCUUACCUAAACGGGGUGGAUACUCCCAAUAUGUAUGGAGCCACCACCAUGUUUGUUAAGAUCGUUGGAAGCAUAGGAGCUGUGGCUGCAGGUCUGGAUUUAGGGAAAGAAGGGCCGCUGGUUCACAUUGGUGCCUGCAUCGCUUCAUUAUUAGGUCAAGGUGGGCCCGACGACUACCGGAUCAAAUGGCGGUGGAUUCGUUACUUCAACAACGACCGUGAUCGCCGAGACAUAAUCACCUGUGGCGCAUCCUCAGGCGUGUGUGCUGCUUUCCGGGCCCCAGUAGGAGGUGUCCUGUUUGCACUUGAGGAGGUGGCCACAUGGUGGAGAAGCGCUCUCCUCUGGAGAACCUUCUUCAGUACAGCAGUUGUGGUGGUGGUGCUCAGAGCUUUCAUGGAGUAUUGUAAAGAUGGAGCCUGCGGGCUUUUUGGACAAGGUGGGUUGAUUAUGUUUGAUGUCAGCGGUGUUCCCGUGAGGUACCAUGUAGCUGAUCUCAUCCCAGUAACUGUGAUCGGAAUCAUUGGUGGGGUUUUAGGUAGCCUUUACAACUACCUUCUUCACAAGGUCCUUCGUCUCUACAAUCUCAUCAAUGCCAAAGGGAAAUUAGCCAAGAUUUCAUUGAGUCUGGCGGUGUCGCUGUUCACGUCGGCAUGCCUAUAUGGACUCCCGUUUCUUGCCAGCUGUACGCCAUGCGAUCCAUCUCUAGUAGAUUCCGAGUGUCCGUCUACGGGAAGAAUGGGGAACUUCAAGCAGUUUAACUGUCCAAAAGGACACUACAAUGACCUGGCGACUCUCCUCCUUACAACAAACGAUGAUGCUGUACGCAACAUUUUCUCCACCAACACUCCCAGUGAAUACCGUGUCUUCUCCUUAGUUAUUUUCUUUAUACUUUAUUGCAUACUGGGACUCUUCACGUUCGGGAUUGCAGUUCCAUCUGGACUUUUCCUGCCGAUUAUCCUCAUGGGGUCCGCUUACGGGCGCUUACUUGGCAUGGCGAUGGGGCCCUACGCCUCCAUUGACCAAGGUCUUUAUGCCGUUUUGGGUGCGGCUUCUUUAAUGGCGGGGUCCAUGCGGAUGACUGUUUCCCUGUGUGUCAUAUUUCUUGAGCUGACAAACAAUCUGCUUUUGCUUCCGAUAACAAUGCUUGUCCUUCUAAUUUCCAAAAGUGUUGGAGACUGUUUCAACCCGAGCAUAUACGAGAUCAUACUAGAGCUUAAAGGGCUGCCUUUCCUGGAAGCCCACCCGGAGCCAUGGAUGAGAAAUAUAACGGUUGGUGAGCUGGCGGAUGUCAAGCCGCCAGUUGUCACGUUAUCAGGGAUUGAAACGGUGGGCCGGAUUGUGGAUGUUUUGAGGAACACCACCCACAACGGGUUUGCUGUUGUGGACAGUGUGGGACAGGUGAGUGAAGUGCAUGGGCUUGUUUUGAGAGCUCAUCUUUUACUGGUGUUGAAGAAGAAAUGGUUUUUACAAGAGAGAAGGAGAACAGAGGAGUGGGAAGUGAGAGAAAAGUUCACUUGGGUUGAUGUGGCGGAGAGGUGGGGGACGAUUGAGGAGGUGGCAGUUACAAAAGAAGAAAUGGAAAUGUAUGUGGAUUUGCAUCCACUUACCAAUACUACCCCUUAUACGGUUGUUGAAACCAUGUCUGUUGCAAAGGCUUUAGUGCAAUUCAGGCAGGUGGGGCUUCGCCACAUGCUUGUUUUACCAAAGUACCAUGGCCAUGGGGUGCCACCAGUGGUUGGAAUCUUGACCAGGCAGGACUUGAGAGCACACAACAUUUUGAGUGCAUUUCCUCAUCUUGAAAAAUCUCACGCAAGUAAAAAGGGGAGUUAAAAUUUCUCCAUAAACAAGGAAAAAGGCAUUGUGAUUUGUGAAUGCCUCAAGUUACUACUUUCUAUUGCCAAUUUUGAAUUCUUUUACCAAAAUUAAAACAAGAUACCACAACCAUGUAAGACGACUACAUACUAGUAUUUAAAUAUUGCAUUGUUCAGUUAGUUACACAUCAAAUAAGUUAUUCUUAGCAAUUAGGAAGUCAUGUAUUUUGGCAGACAAUCUUUCCCAGAUAAAUAAAUUCAUUCUCUUGUAUUUAUUUGUCUUGCUUCUUUUCAUCAUAAGCUUGAAUGCUCAAAACCUUUAUUCCUGAAUCAUGAUUGAAAUGACUAUGAAUUGGCAGUUCAAUCAUCUAAAGGGAUUCUCUUUGUUUAUUUCAAAU